AUGGCAUCUCAUCCUUACUACCCACCUACGGCAGCUAUCCCUUUGUACACGCCCAAUGCCACACCCACUAUUCAGACAAUCGCGAUCUUUGGGGCCAUUGUAGGAGCCGUCGUUGUCGUCGCAUACAAUGUGCUCCCCACGGGCUCGCGAUUCAUAGAUCGCUUCUCCGCGAGCUGGUUCGCCCUGUGCGCAUUCCUACACCUCUGUUUUGAGGGAUACUACGUCGUCCACAGAGCCGAGAUUGCAGGCAUGAACACUCUGUUCGCCCAGCUGUGGAAGGAGUACACUCUUUCAGAUUCGCGGUACCUCACACUCGAUACGUUCACUGUGUGUAUCGAGUAUAUCACCUUGAUUUGCUGGGGGCCCCUGUCCCUACUGACGCUCCUCGCCAUCAUCAAGAAGCAUGAUCUUCGCCAUCCGCUGCAGAUCAUUGUGUGCACGGCCCAUCUGUACGGCGUGGCACUGUACUAUGCGACCAGCGAGAUGGAUGUCACGAGUUAUUCUAGGCCGGAAGCUCUGUACUACUGGGUGUACUAUGUCGGCUUCAACGCGCCAUGGGCUACUGUGCCAUUUUGGUUGCUUUGGGACAGCGUUGGGGCCAUCUCGAAUGCGUUCAAGGCGUCUAGGGAGCUUGAAGGAAGCAGAAAGAAUAUUUGA